AUGGAUCAAGAUUUCAACUUCAAUUAUGAGUUUAAGCCAUUUGAUCAAAAUGGUACAAGUGGUAGUACACUAGUCAACUUUAAUGUUGUGCCUGAUGAAAGUUCAUGCAUUACUACUGGUGAUAAUAAUGGUAAUUAUGGUAAAAAAGAAAUUGGUGGAAGAAAGAAUAAGAAGCUAGUUACAAAGAGCAACGAGAACAGUUUAUCUUCUUCAUCUAUGAGAAAACUAGGAAGGGGUCGAAAGAAGUACUCUAAAUCAGCCAAAGGGCAAUGGACUAUUGAAGAAGACAGGCUUUUGAUCCAAUCGGUAGAGAAGUUUGGAGUUAGAAAAUGGUCUCAAAUUGCUCAAACACUGAAAGGGAGAAUAGGGAAGCAAUGUAGAGAGAGGUGGCACAAUCAUCUUAGACCUGAUAUCAAAAAGGAUUUGUGGACAGAGGAGGAAGACAGGAUCUUAAUCUCAGCUCAUGCAGAAGUAGGAAAUAAAUGGUCCGAAAUUGCAAAAAGAAUACCUGGAAGAACUGAAAAUUCAAUUAAAAACCAUUGGAAUGCAACAAAAAGAAGACAAUUUUCAAGACGAAAAUGUCGCACCAAAUGGCCAAGGCCAAGCUCUCUCCUCCAAAAUUAUAUCAAAAGUUUGAACUUUGAAAAAGGUAGCAACGACACAAUCCUUAAUAAUAAUGCACAUGAGUUAUGUGACAAAGGCAAUAAUAUCCAGCAAUUAGUUGCGGAUUAUGAUUUUAGUCAAGUCCCAGAAUUUGGUUUGGACGACAAACUGUUUGAUGAUUUGGAGAUUCCUUAUAAUGAACUGCCCCAAUUGAUGCAAGCUGGUGAAGUGAACAAGGAGGCUGAAUUGAUGGAUUUGAUUUCUUGUGUUAAUCAUGAGAUAUAG